AUGGCCAACACUACUACCACAACAAUUGAGCCAUUCAGUCUCUCUGCUCCCCCAGGAACUGACAUCUGGCGCAAGCCUCCGACUCAUAACGCGUUCAAUGCAUCAACCUACCCAGCUCAGCUUCCGACCUACGACCUGAAGACAUUCCAGCGAGCGAAGCUUGCCUUUGAGCUCCCGCCCGCCGACCAGCUUCGCCAGUACGACCAAGCUGGUCUCUUACUGCAUGUUACCAAGCCAGGAGUUCCUGACAACGAGACCAAGUGGAUCAAGACUGGUAUCGAGUUCUACUAUGGAAAGCCAUACGUAGCGACCGUGGGUUGCGAUGCUUGGGCCGACUGGUCGCUCGUUCCUAUGCCCGAGUUCAAGAACAGUAGUAGGCCUGGAGCUACCAUUGAGGCGAGGAGGGAAAGAGAUGACCUUGGAAAGAGUCUUUGGAUUUACUGGAUUGUCAAAGAUGAGACUGGCAAGGAGGUCGAGAGACGCCCAUUGAGAGAGGUUACCUGGGUAUUUGCGGAAGAGGAAGGCUGGAGUGUGGGUGUUGCGGGAUACGUGUGCCGGCCAACCAAGGACGGUGGAGAGGAAUUGCUUGAGGCAGAGUUCAAGGAGGGCGUGGAGAUUGAGAUAAUCAACUGA